UCCAGCACGCUGCCGGUUCAUCCAUUUCAACACGAGAAAUGGACUCCGCGGAGAGCACGGCCGCCAUCGCCGCGCUCGCGGCCAACGGCGCUGCCGCCCCCGACCCCGCCCCGGCCGACGACGACGCCGACGCCGUCCCCGAGGUACCCGCCUGCAUCUCGUCGAUGAUCGACCGCGGGGGCAGCGUCGAGAGCCACCGCCUCUUCCUGGCGCGCCGCACCGCGCUGGAGAUGCUCCGCGACCGCGGGUACAGCGUCCCGGAGGCCGAGCUGGCGCGCACCCUCCCGGAGUUCCGCGCCUGGUGGGCCGAAAAGCCCGAGCUCGAACGCCUCGCCUUCUCCACUACCCUCGCCGCCGACCCGUCCAGCAAGGUGAAAGUUGUGUUCUGUCCACCUGAACCUGUCAAAAUUGCAGUUAUCCGGGAGAUAUAUAGCAGAGUCCAAGAAGAGAACUUGUCUAGAUUGAUUCUCAUAUUGCAGAGCAAAAUAAUGUCUAAAUCCAGAGAAUCUAUCAAGGAGAUCUUCCCAUUUAAAGUUGACACAUUCCAGAUCACAGAAUUGCUGGUGAACAUCACUAAGCAUGUCCUGAAGCCCAUCACUAAGCAUGUCCUGAAGCCCAAGCAUGAAGCGUUGACUGCAGAGGAGAAAGCCAAGCUCCUGAAGGAGUACAAUGUGGUGGAUUCACAUCUACCUCGCAUGCUGGAAACUGAUGCUGUUGCUCGCUACCACGGCCUUGGCAAGGGAACCGUUGUUAAAGUUAUAAAUGACAGUGAGCUCACCGGGAACCAUGUGAUACAGGUGUAUUUUCUGAGGCCCUGGUGCCUUUCGAUGGAUGGUCUCAUAAGCAGUUAGUAAAAAUAACUUCUUGGCAGAUGAUCCCUCCCUUCUAGUUCUAGGCCUGUGUAGGAUGAGUUUGCUGUAAGGUAUUGGCAGAAAAUCAUCUUGUGGCUAAGUUAUUACUCCACUAUAUUGUCCCAUGUGA